UAUUAGUGCGAGGACGGAACGGUACAUCUUCUUCAAUCAGCCGCUAUCAUCAAUCUUCUCAUCUGAACCCGGUUUUUAACAUGGACAGAGGCUACGGCUCCGGUUACUCCAGCUGGGGGGGAGGAGGAGGCUCAAGCAGCAGAGGUUCUGGAGGCUUCGACCUGUACGGGUCGGGGGGAGGAGGCGGAGGGGGAGGAGGCUAUAAGGACUCCAUGUCUGGGCUCGGUGGCUACGGAGGAGGCGGCGGUGGCGGCGGAGGAGGAGGAGGAGGCGGCGGCGGCGGCGGCCACAUGAAGAGGGGGCUGUCAGGAGGAUCUCUUCUCUCCACAGGCACACACGCAGAUGACGUGAUAGCCAAGAUCAACCAGCGCUUGGACAUGCUCACUCAGCUGGAGGGGGGGUUGAAAGGUUCUCGAGGUGACAGGUUUGACCAGUACGAGUCAUUCGACUCGCGCUCCUCCGCUCUCCCCUCCUCCCGAGAUCUCUACAGAUCUGGCGGCGGGAGCUAUGGCUUUGGCGAUGGCCGCGGGGACAACAUGCUGUUGGGUCAGCGAGGAGGCUCGGGCUUCGGAGGGGGAAUUGGGCUCGGGGGAGGAGGAGGCUUUGACAGCCCCUCCUCUUCCUAUGGCGUCGCUAAAAUGCGACCGAAUAUGAGGGAGUCCUUCGCCGGUGGCCAGGGAGGAGGUUCUGGAGGUGGAGGAUGGGCCGGAGCAGGCCGACGUUCCCCCAGAAGGGGUGGAAGUGCCGGGGGCCGAGGAGCUGGCGGAGGGUUUGGAAGCCGCAGGUCCGACCCCACCCCAUUAGGCGGAGGCAUGCGGGGCGGUGGCGGCGGUGUCCCGUCCCACCGCGGCCACUCUCCAGGAGGUGGUAGAGGCAAGCUCCCAUCCCUCCUGUCCAACCGCAUGUACCCUGAGAGCGGGGGCUUCCAGGGUGCUGCUCCGGGGCCUCACGACUUUCCAGGGAGGCAUUUUGGAGGGGGCCCACGGGCUGGCCGCCAGCGAGGCCGAAAGAGACCCCUUAACAAACAGAUGAAACCCCAGCGUGAAGUUCAGAAGAAGAGGAAACAGACUCUGAGUGGGACUGACGAGCCAGAGUCAAAGAUGAAUAAGACCGACGGAUCGGAGGACGCAGAGGAACAACCUGAGAAAAAUGGCGACGACAGUCAGCCGCAGAGUGACGCUGCAGAAGCAAAGCCAGCCGAGGACGGAGAUCCAGCCACACCCAAACAGGAAGAGAAGAAAAAGCCGCCGGGCAAACAGACCCCGGUCCAAGGCCAGGAGAAGCACCCCAAAAUGAGGAAGAGGAGGGGCUUCCUGGAGAGGGUGAUGUUCGCUUGUUCCGUUUGCAAGUUCCGCUCGUUCUACAAGGACGAAAUGGAAGCUCACCUGGAGAGUCGCUUCCACAAGGACCACUUCAAGUUCCUGUCCGGCCAGCUGUCCAAGCCCACCACAGACUUUCUCCAGGAGUAUUUGCAGAACAAGUUCAAGAAGACGGAACAGAGAGUCAGCCAGCUGGAGAACCACUGCGCCGCCAUCUGCCAAGUGUACAAGGAGCAGGAUCUAACCAGGGACCUGGGCAUGGAGCACUUCAUGAGGAAGGUGGAAGCAGCUCACUGUGGAGCGUGCGACCUGUUCAUUCCGAUGCAGCCUCACCUGAUCCAGAAACACAUCAAGUCUCACGACCAUAACUACAACCGCAAGGGGAUGAUGGAGCAGUCGAAGCGGGGCAGCCUGUCCGUCGCUCGUUCCAUCCUGAACCACAAGCUCAUCGGCAAGAAGCUGGAGAGUUACCUGAAGGGUGAAAAUCCGUUCGCCGGUAACCAGGACGACCCCGAGGACUCCAUGGCGAUGGACAUAUCCGAGCUGGAGUCGUCCAUUCAGACCGCAGACGGCCAGGCAGCAGAGGCGCCGGGCGAAGAGAAGGCCGCUCCCGAGGGCGAGGCCGCCGACGAGGAAGCCAAGGAGGCAGAAGAGCCAGCGGGAGAGCCAAUAGGAGAGCCAGCAGGAGAGCCGGCGGGAGAGCCAAUAGGAGAGCCAGCAGGAGAGCCGGCGGUGGAACCAGAGGCAGAGGAGGCAGAGAAGAUGGAAGAGGAGCUCCAUAACCAGGAGGAGGAGCUCCAUAACCAGGAGGAGGAGCUCCAGAACCAGGAAGAGGAGCUCCAGAACCAGGAAGAGGAGCUCCAGAACCAGGAAGAGGAGCUCCAGAACCAAGAGGCGGAGGAGGAGGAAGGGUUCGAGGUCGGAGAGGAGGAGGACGAGGAGGGAUAUGUGGUGCACGACGAGAUCGGGGAGGAGGGAGUGCCUGCCGAGGGGGCGGAGCCACAGGAGGAGGGCGGAGAGAACGAGUGAGCCGCUCCUCGUCUCCAGAGCGUUUCCACCUCGUGCUACGACCAGCCACAUUAAGAACUGCACACUCCCCGCUCCCAUCGUGUUCCGCCGUCUGAGGACUCCUUUCUUUUUACUGUUGUUGACGACGAAGCUCCAUAUUCUGGACUCCACUCUGAUUCUGCUUCCAGCCGAGGUUGAAAUGAUUGAACUGGGCUCGAGUCUUAAUGUGAAUCAGAUCACCUUCUUGCUCUUGUGCUUCUCGCUUCCUUUAGAGAUGAGUGAUCUUCAUCCUUUCACUUAAACUUGGAAUCAGAUGAGGGUUGUUUUUUUGUUUUUGUUUUUUUUUCUUUGUUCUACUCUUGAUGUUUUUGGUUUUUUUUUUUCUUGUGCCUUUUAGUUGUUUUUAGUUGCGGUGGAUUUGAACGGGCGCAGACGGAGUAUUGUGACAUUGAAACACGUCGUGUACAUCUUGUCCUUCAGAGUUUGCACCGUGCCACAGCAUAUUCAGUCUGGUAUUAGUGGACAUGGACGCCUCUCCAACGGGCUCCCCCCCCCCCCUCCAGGUGGUUCAUAGCAUGAUCACAGGAACCACGUGAGGAACAAACGCCACCUUCAGAAUGGAUGUUGAUCUUGUAACAGUUUGAUUUGACUCCAUGAAAUAAAUUUGUUGGCCAAAACGAUGUUUGCUUGUUUUAUUUUCAGUAAAGUGAUAGAU